CAUUGGCUGAUGUUGAUAUAACUGUAGAUAAAGUGAGAUAUUCAGCUAUUGAUUUAGAGGCAUCAUGUGACUUCAUACAUAUAUACAGAGGUGAGUUAAUACUGCCAAAUAUCUGGGUCAGACAUAUUUACUCUUGAGUGCAGACUAUACGCGACCAAUGUGUCAGAGAGAAUUUUAAAGUUCACUGGGGCGUGACAGUGUUCUCCUCUACAGAUGACCUGCUUGGGAAACACUGAAUUCCCUCCACAUGUUAUCUUGGCCAGGACCACAACAGAUUGUUGCUAAAGCAUGAGUCAGAGGGCCGAAUCCCUGAGGAGCAGAGAUGAGAUCCCACUCAGGCGACGCCCUGCCCCACAGACCAGGGAGAGGUCCAGGGAUAGAGAGAAGGAGAAAAAUGCUGGUGUUACAGAAGAGGCGGAGAAAGCUGGUGGUAUGAGAACCAGAUUAUCCACUGGUAGCAUUCACAUGAACGGUACAACUACAAUUGCUGUCGCCAGGGAAAUUGAGAAUAACCAGAGACUUCAGGGGAAAGCAUCCAAGGAGGGCAUAGACUCCCCAGUUAAAAGGAAGAAGGGUUCAACCAGUGAAGAGAAAACCAGUGGUGUGGAUGCCAGUAAUGUUGGCACCAACCCACCCCCCAAAAAACGUAAAAUAGGCAGAAACGAUGGCUCGGGAGAGGACAAUCGUAAUGACUACUUUUGCUGGUUGUGCCAUAAGGAAGGAACAGUGAUCUGUUGUGAACUGUGCCCCAGGGUUUACCACACCAAGUGUCUAGAGGUCAGCGGGGAUCUCCCAAAGGACUGGGUGUGUCCAGAGUGUGAGAAGAUAAUGAGAGCCGAGUGUGUGGAUACGAGGUCAAAGGCCAUGUCCAUGAUCACUGUGGAUACACUGUGUACCCUACUCAUGUAUGCACUGGAGAGGAUGAAGCAUCAAGGGAGUGACCCCUUCACCAUACCAGUUGACCUUCAGGCGGUUCCUUACUACACAGACUAUAUCUACAACCCCAUGGAUCUGACCCAAUUAGAGAAAAACAUUAAGAAGAAGAUGUACGGGUGUACAGAGGCCUUCCUAGCUGAUGCCAAAUGGAUUCUUCACAACUGUAUCAUCUUCAAUGGAUCUGCCCAUAAAUUAACUGCCAGUGCCAAAAUGAUCAUCAAAAUUUGUAAGCAUGAGAUGAAUGAGAUAGAGUUAUGUCCAGAUUGUUACCUGAACUCCUGUAUUAGGAAGAAUGACGAAUGGUUUAGUGAAACCUGUAGAACACCACAUACCCUAGUAUGGGCAAAACUAAAAGGUUAUCCAUUCUGGCCAGCCAAAGUUUUGAGAAUUGAGCCACCUAAUGCUUUACGAGAAGUUGAUGGACAAGUGGAUGUUCGCUUCUUUGGAGCCCAUGAUAGAUCAUGGGUUCCAACUUCCCAAGUAUUUAUGCUAUCCAAAGAAAUCCCAACCCCUGUGAAGAGUAAAAAGGGAGGCUUUGAUUAUGCCAUGGAGGAAACUGAACUGCACAUAAAGAAAAUUAGGGAGAAGUUUGGAAGAUUUGACUAUGCUCCAUUCAGAACUCCCUAUGACAAGAACCAUGUCUACUUCCACAACAAGAUGAAAAUACCCACCAAAGCAGCCCUCAGAAAGUCCUCCAAACAAACUGUCUCAACCUCUCCCAUCAAACCCGCCUCACCAAUCAAGAUGGGGAUCAAUCGCCAAGUCUCAGACGGUAAAGGAGACAAACAGUCACUGGUGAUGAAACAAGCUUCUGCUGUGAGAAACAAGUACAGCAGUAUCCUGCCCAGUCGCCGUGGGACUGGAGAUUCGCCACAGGUGGUGAAGAUGGAGCCACCAGGAGUGCUCAGAGUGAGUACAAUAUUAGGAUCUUCAGAAAUAGUGAAAAUGGAAACACUGUCAGGAAUAUCCACUGAGGGUUCAUCAAAACCAAAAAUGACUGAGGAAAGUAAACCAAAUGUCAUAAAAAUGACCACAGCAAAACCCAGCAUAAUAAAGAGUGACAUUGUGGACAAAAUUCAGAGCAAGAUUGAAGCCAUGAGUGAAGGAGAUGAGGAGGGGGUGAUUGAAGAGGAAAAACAGAACUCAGACAUUGAUUCCUCCACAGGAAAACAGAGUUCUAGUAAGAAAAGUGACAUUGUGGACAAAAUUCAGAGUAAAAUUGGGGAGAUGGAGGAAGGAAAUGUGGAUAGUGACUUAGAGCAUGACUCCAUUCUUGAUCCAUCUACUGGACAAAUUAGUGCAAAACCUAGUGCUGAAGAAUCUACAACUCAAGAAAGUGCUCAGACUACUGCUGAUACAUUAAAAAGUACAUCUAGUGCUACAUCGUCAAAGAUGGAUAAUGAGAAAGAAAUGGGUGGGGAAAACACAUGUGAAACUAAUGAAGGGGAUGUGUCUGAAAAUGUGAAGGAAAGGGAGUCAAGUCCAUGCCCAACCUCCAAAUCAUCCGACACUCCUUCUCCAUCAAAGACAGAAUAUCUGGCAAAACUCCAGAAAACAAUACAGACCUGUAAAGACAAGCUGGGAAUUUCUGGGGACAAUCUGGAGGAGGCUGAGGAGGAACAUUCCUCACAGGAGGACAGUGAGGAGGAGGAGGAAGAGGAAGGGAAGAGGAAAGGUGUGGAGGACACUGAGGAGGAAUCCCAGGAAUCCUCACUGAAGUCCCCAGGGGGGAGUGUGCCUCCAGAGGAGGAGGACACGGCAGAACAAGACCAGGUCUGCAGCAGCAGCACAGAUGUGAUGACAGAAACCAAAAAGACAGAGAAAAACAUAUUUGAGUUGAUGGAGACUGAAGCGUCUGGUGGUCAAGUUAUGGAGAGUGAAUGUGAUAAGAGCCCAACGAAGGUUAAAGAAAACGAUAAUUCAGCUGCCAAAGAUUCAGUGGAUAAUAAAUCCCCAACUAAAGUGGCAGACAGGAAUAAUAGUGCUGAAAGUGAAAAUAAAACUUCUGAAAACUUGAAAGAAGGAAAAGACAAUGGGGCUAGAGAAGAAACCAUUGAAUCUCCCAAAAAUAAUUUAGAGGAGGAAGAUUCUUCUGGUGUUCCCGACACAACAGAGAAAGAGAUGGAGGAGCCAGACACUCCACUUCACAUGGAGGUGGAGAGUGAGGAGCCAGAAAAAGAUGAGGACAAAUCCACAGAGGACAUGGAGGAGGGAGGUCAAAAGGUCAUCACUCCAUCCACUUCACCGUCUAAGUCAGAGAGCAGUGUGUCACCCAAAGGGAAGGAGAGACCUGGUAUUGUGUACAGGAAAACCAACAAAAAACCAGUUCAGCCCCCUGCCAUACUACCAAAGCCUGCACCAAAGCCCUCUGGUUCCAUUGUCAGCCUCUCCUCUGAGUUUUUCCAGACUGCCAUAGAAAAGUCCCUCCAUCCAGCCCCAGCCCCAGCUCCCACCAGUUUACUGUCUCCAAAGAGAAAGUUAUCAGAUGAAGAUAUCACUGUUGUUCAUGUCUCGAAAGUGCCAAAAGUAAGCCAUCAACCUCAAACCAGUGUAGCCACAACAGUGACCAGUCCCACAGGUGUCAAGGUCAGCACAGGAAAGGUCAUAGAGUGGUCAAAGAAGAAUCCUGAGAAGCCGAAAGUGAUAAUAGAGGAAGUACCUCCCAAGUCCGCGGACCACAAAGAUCUGCCGCAGUAUGCCAAGGAUCUUGUCAAGUCCUUCUCCGAAAGGAUGAUGGCUAGUAUGCAGUCAUCACUGCAGGAAAUGUGUUCAGAAGUCAUGUCAAAGGCUGAAAGACCAACAGAUCAGCCACAAGAAGUAGUGAAUACAGAAGCUGAACUGGCCCGUAUUGAUUGGGAACAGAAGCAACAGAUUGCAGAGCUCAAGCAUAAUUUCCAAUUGACUGUGGCUGAGAUGAAAACUUUGUGGGAGGCAGAAAAGCAGCGAAUCAUUGUGGAUUUAAAGGCUGCUCACACCAAAGAACUGGAGAAAACUGUUAAUGAAACCAAGAAAAAACAAUGGUGUGCAAACUGUGGUAAGGAGGCUAUAUUUUACUGCUGUUGGAACACAAGCUAUUGUGACUAUCCCUGUCAACAGAUACACUGGCCUACCCACAUGCCAGUCUGUAUGCAGACCCAGAAUAACAAUGACACAAACACAUCAGAAGGAAACAACCAAUCAAAUGCCUCCGGGAGGUCCAGUAGUCAUAGCAACCCGAGGGACAGGCCACCUCAAUCCUCCAGCAUGACAGGGGCACCUCCAUCCUCGAGCCCCCUGGAAAUAGAGAGUGAGGAUUUCAGGAGAGCCUCGAGAGAGAAUCUUACAAACAUUCUUCAACAGCAACAACAGAGAAUACAGAAUCCCCCACAACAACCAAUGGCAAACAUCCAGUAUCUGUCAGGGGGCGGAGCUAAUCCAAUGGCCCCGCCCAACAUCCCACCUCAGUAUUUACAGCAACAGAGAAUGAUGAUUGAUGAUGGAGGCCGUAAGAAGCCAAACUAUUACUGGACAGAUCAGACAAUGGACCAGGCUGUGUCUGCUGUACUGAAGGAUGGAAUGUCUGUCAACAAGGCCUCCAAAAUCUUCAACGUCCCCCGUAAAAUUCUCACCGAGAGAGUGGGAGGCAGAAUGCCACUUCCUCAGUCAGUGACAGGAAAUCAGCCUCUCUCUACCCCACCUGUUCAGUUCCAGUAUGUGGGGCCCCCUCAGCCAUUAGUUCAACCACCCUCAAGUGUUCAACCCCUCAACUCCACUCAACAGGCAAUGAGAAUUCCAGGACCUCAGCCACAGGGGGCACCACAAACAAUCAUGGCUCCUGGGCACCAGAUCCUACCUCCUGGUGGCUCAGUCCUCUACCCCAUCCAGAUCUCACAGGCCGGCCCCUCCCUCAUCAACGGAGGGCCAGUGGUCAUCUCCCAGACCAACCCUCAAGUACCCCCAGCGGGUUCCAUGAUCAUCUCCCACACAGGCCAACACCCCCCACAGGGCCCCCCAAUGGUUGUCACACAACCCAACCAGCACCAACAGGUCAUGACAAACAAUCUGGCAUAUCAUGGACGGUUUUAAUUUCUGAUCUUUUCAGAUGAAUCUUGUGAUGCUUUCAUAAUCGUGUACUCAUUUUCUGUCAGAAGACAUAAUUGAAGAGUCUCUUCAAGCACUGUUCUCUGAGGUGUUCACAUCAGAAAAAAAAAACAUGGACAGAGAGGGGCCUUGAUUGGGCAUUAACUGAGUAUUAUACAUUGUUCAUUACAAGUAUUAGUCUUCUGCAUGAGAAGACAAUUCAUUAAUGGUUGUUAAUGAUUUCUGCAUGUUUUUUAAUAAUGUAUACCAUGAUUGUUGGAUAUUGUUUUUAAUAAAGCAUGUGUAGAAAGCCAAA